UCAUCCGAAAUUGGACGAGUCAGUAACGACGUGUUUUGUUAUUCAUUAAUUUUAAUCGACUCUUGACCUGAAGAAAAAGCUUCGCAAGGAAGGGGAAGGUGAGAAACGAAACCUUGUUCGAAAAUCCCCUUCCGUUCUCCGAUGAAGCAGUGUAGUCUUGGAAUUGAUGGUUUACGAAGCUCUCUCUCCGCUUCCAAAUCUGAACACGAAGAUUCUAUCUUCCGUGAUUAUACUUUAGACCUCUCCUUCUUGUCCUCCGAUGAUUCUCUCUCUCGCGAUGUGGACACAACCACCAAAGCCUUGCUAAACCCCAAUCCACUUGUCUCGAAAUUGCCUGAGAUGCUGAUUGUGUCCUCCACCGUUGCUGGCGAUGGCGAGCUGGAACUGUCAUGUGCCAACGCAGCUGAACAUUCUUCUACAGACUCUGAAGAAGAUACUCCUUGCUGGAUAGGAAUAAACUCUCGCGAGACUCCCGCCUCAGCUGGUGCCAUUUGCAGGCGUUCUACUGAUGAUGAUCUCAGUGGGUUUCGUAGAUUGAAUCCUUUGGCGCCACAGUUUAUACCAUCCAACUCUAUCAAGGUUCUUGAGAAGGAUGGUUUGAAGAAGUCUCUCUCUUCUGAUUUCCCAUCAUCCUCAGCGGAAUUCAACUUAGACGAUGCUGCAAGCAUCUUGGCUGAUGAGAGUUUGGGUUUUGUAUCUCAAGAUGGAAAUGAGUUCCAGCAAUCUAAAAGGUUGGAUCCUUCGGCUCCUGUGUUUGUUCCCUCAAAUGCAAAACUAACUCCUUCAGCUUUUGAGACAAAUGCACAUUCAACUACUUAUUCAGAUAAUAAGUUGCUAGGGAAGGUCAAGAUUGAUACACCUUCGCGAGAAGCUGCUCCUAUUCAUAUAUCAGGUUCAUAUAACAAGUCUCGUGGUCAGAGGAGACUGAAUCCAUUGGCUCCUCAGUUCUCUCUUCCUGAUACCAAACCGAAAGCAUAUAGCUAUGGAAGUUCUUCAUUUAAAUCUCCAACAGCUGACACUAACUUUGGGUCUACAAAGUGGUAUGCGGUGGAGCCAAACACUACCCUUUCAGUGAACGGUAAUCAAGAUUUUCCAUUUCACGUGGUGGAAACUGCAGCGGGUUCGUCUUCAAGGAAUGCGAAAGCUUCAUCUGGUGGCUCAUCUCCAAAGAUGGAUGUGAUGAAACUACUUACAACGAUUCAUGGACUAUCAGAGUUACUAACACUUGCACAUGGUUCAGAAUCUUCAGAUUCACCGGAAGAGCUUCAUCUCAUUAACAGUACUGUACAGAAUCUCAACAUGUACAUCCAAAAUGGCAUUCAGGAACGAAGCGUUGUACAACACAAUUCAUAUGAUCUACAGCUUUUAUCUAACAAGAGUAAGCUAUCGAUUAGAGACCUUCAGCUUCCGAGCACAAACAAUAUGACCGUCGACCUUGGUGUUAGAAGGAAGGAGAAAUACUCUGUGGUCUCAGGGGAGACGUUUCCAGAUUCUGGUUUGUAUCAAUAUGGUGUGACCAAAGAUGAGGGGUUUGGUCAGGUUGGGGCUAAAAGUGGUUACCAGCAGAAUCAUCAAGGCGAGGAGCAGAUUAACCCGCAGUCACUGUUCUAUAAAAGCUUAUGGCUAAAGGCUGAAGCAGAGAGGUGUUUGAUGGUAUACGAGACUUCUCUUUCGAAUCCUGGUUCUUGAGGUGUAUUAGAAAGGUUCGCAUGUAAAAUUUCGGAGAACAGGGCUGACAUGUGUUGUGACCAAACGUGCAGAAGGAUGAAAAUCUGGGUGCUGUUUGGUCGUGGAGCCUUUUGAUUGCUGAAGAUUUUAAUGUUUUCUUGUUAUGUGGUCCUGAUCUUGAAUUAUCAGAUGUAUAAACAAGCGAUUUGUAACUUUUCUCUUAACUAUGUCAUAACGCUCUUUUGUAAUAUAGUGCUUUUUUUCUUA